UUGGCUUGCGGUGAAAUAAUGGCAGUUGUGGAGAAGACGGAUCUAUCGUCCUCAUUCAGAAGGUGUAAAAAUUAUGUCUAAGCUUGUCACAUUGUCUACUCGAUAUUGAUAAGGAGUGGCGGUCUCCGCUUUCUUUCACUGAAGCCCGAGAACACGCCUGAUUUAUUUAUGAUUUCGUGACCAUGUUCCCAGUGCUAGAGGAACUUGAUUUGGCAUGGGAGUUUCAAGAUAUCGACUACAGCGAUGCUAUUGAGGAAGAAGAACAUUUCUUCAAUCGAAUUGCGUAUUUGUGCAUUCCCAUCUCUCAAGAAGUGCACUCUUCGGAACAUUUGUACUUCCGCGGCAGCACUGCUUUUAUUUCUCCAUAACGUUCAAUUGGCCAGUCUAUCAAUUGGAAAGGUGCGGCUGGCCAGUGGGAAGUUUGAGUCC